AUGUAUAAUAGUGGCUGGAAUAAAUUAAUUAAAAGUAACGACUGUUACAAAUAUGAACCUACAAACAAUGUCAAGAAAAAAUAUUGUCUUAUACAAAUGUCUUUCAAUCACGACGAAGAAUAUCUGAUUGUAGGAGACACCAAAGGAUACUUACAUUAUAUUGAAUUGCUUGGAGAUGUUCCAUGUUACAAAAUAUUAGGAAAUAUCGGGCGACCUACCUUUCUAACAUUUAAUCCUAUAUGUACAGAGGAAAUAUUGAUAGGACUUGAUACAGGUGACAUAAAAAUUUGGAAGCUUUAUACCGAUAUCAAUGAGUUUUCCUUGUUAUCUGGUCACAAAUUAGCACCAACACAUGUUUCCUUUUAUAAACAUCAUUGUCUGACAAGCUCUCGAAACGAAGUAAUAAUAUGGGACCUAAACUCUUAUAAUAAAGUUCAUCAAUUAAAUGUUAGGAUAAAGAACGCUAUCAAGAAAGCUGCCUUUUCUAAUGUGGGUCAUAUCGUCGUGUUAUAUCACAAUGACACUAUGCAGGCUUGGACAUUGAGACAGUUGCAUAAGGAUAUUAAAAUCGAUACAAAGAUAUUUGGAAUACGUUAUAUCAAAGAUUUUAUUUUUACGAAAGAUGGAAGAGCUAUGAUAAUGGGUGGUACAAGAAAUAUAAGCAUUCUUAAUACAUAUGAUUGGAGUUUAUUAAGGAAACUUUGUUUGCCUAAUAAUUUUAUUGAAGCAAAACAAUUGUCUGUUGUUCCAUGUCCAUUAGAUGGUGGAGCAAAUAAAAUCCUUGCAUUUCUAUCCUCGAAAAACAUGCUUCAAUUUUGUGAUAUAAAUGCAUUAACUUUUCUUGAAAUACCUAUCUCUAUUGAUAGGAUUAAAAAAUUUGUAAUUUCACCUACUGGUAAAUAUAUAGCAUACAUAGAUCAGGAAGGAUGUUUAAACAUAAUGCAUACAGACAAAAUAAUUUCAAAAAAAUCUCUUCAACCUAACAAAUUGUUAAAACCAUAUAGAGUACAUGCGCACAAAAUAAGUGAUCAUUUGGAAUGCGUUAGACAAAACAUAAAGCAAGAAUUAAAUAUGAAACGAUUAAUGCCUAUUUUGAAAGAAUUUGGAGAAUAUCCAGAGAAAUAUCGUACAUUAAUUUGGUCCACUAUUUUAAAAUUACCAGCUAAUAAAAACGCAUAUAUUGCCUUAACAAGUAAGGUAACACAUGAAAGAUUUGCAUUGAAUAUUUUAAAAAGUCUUCCUUUGGCAGAUAAAAGCAAAGCAUCGUUGUUAGCCAUGACAAUAGAUUGCUUGUUGCAAUGGUGUCCUCUUCUAAUACAGUGUCUAUUUCUUCCCAACUUAAUUUUCCCAUUUCUUAUGACAUUUCAGAAAGAUCCCUUACUUGCCUUUGAGUUAAUUUUAAGUAUACUACUAAACUAUUGCCAAAAGUGGUUUGAAUACCAUCCUUUACCACCAUUGAAUAUUUUGGGGAUUAUUGAGAAUAUCCUUCUAGAAGCUGAUCCUAUAUUAUUGAACAUUUUUUGCGAACAUGGAAUCACAAGUAGAGAAUAUGCAUGGCCAUUACUUCAAACUGCAAUGAGCGAAGUAUUGUCAGGAGACGAGUGGUUGAUUUUGUGGGAUCAUUUAAUAUCUUUCCAAAAACCUUCUAUGUUAUUGAUAUGUGUUGUUGCAUAUAAUAUUUUUUUGAAAGAAAAUAUAAUUUCUUUAUUAAAGUCAUCUGAAGAUAUCAAAGCGUUUUAUAACACUCAAAGUCAUAUUAGAGCCAAGGAUUUGUUAAAGAUCGCGAGAAAGCUAGAUCAAAAGAUAUCAAAACGAAUACAUCCUAAUCAUUAUUUGAGGGAUGAGCUAUUACAAUUAAAUCAUAGCGGACCCUAUCCUUCAUUUAUAUCAGAAUAUCCAAAAUUUCUUAUUGAAAAUCUUGCAGAUUUGGAAAAAUUAAAAAUGCAAGAACAAAAUUUACAAGAAUAUAAUUGUAGAAUUGCAGAUUUUGAAAAGAGAAGAUUAUAUGCAGAGACUGAAGCUUUUGUAAAGCAAAUUCAUGAAGCAAGAAUAAAUGAGGUAGAGAAAUGUUUUCAAGAACAUAUUAAUAAUUUAAAUUGGAAAUGGCAGACUUUGUUACCAUAUACAGAAAAAGAAAAAUUCUGUUUUCAUUUAUAUAAAAAUUCUGAUAAGAAAUCUGAAAGGAAACAAGAAUAUAAUAAUUGUAAGAUUGUAGAAGAAAUAGUUUCGAAUGAAGAUGCUAAUUCAAGAAAUUAUAAAAAAUUACAACAAGAUGUAACAAAGCUUGAGUGUGAAGUACAAAAUUUCUUAGAUUCGCUGAGAUAA